AUGAACGUGAAACUGCUCGUGUAUUGCUUUGUCGCAAAGACGUGUGCGCUGAAUCACCACGACUCCGCAAUUGGAUACCAGGGUCCCGGCUACAGUGGUUACGGUGGCUAUAACGCUCCUGCAGCCGGCACACCGUACAGAGGAUACAGUGACUACUCAGCACCACCACAGCCAUACAGCUUUGGCUACGACACGGCUGACGAGUUCGGCAACCGGCAGUUCCGUAGCGAACAAGGUGACUCCAACAACGUAAAGACUGGCUCGUACGGUUACACGGACGUCAACGGCCUCUACCGGCGCGUCAACUACAUCGCGGACGCCAACGGCUUCCGCGCCACUGUAGACACCAAUGAACCGGGCACCGCACCCGGAGCCAGCGCCGACGUUGUGUUCAAUGCGGCGCCCGUGGUCCCGCCCGUUCCUGCUGGGGCGGCAACACCUGCUGCGUACGGCGCCAGGGCAUCCGCUGGUUACAGCAACGCGUUUAGUGGAUAUGGUGAAAUCGGAUACAAUCCUGACGGCCGCCGUGGUGCUGGAGCCGGGUUUGGUGGUUACGGGCGCUUCGGCUACCCCCCUAGUGGAGCGGUAUUCGGUGGUUAUGCCAGCGGUGGACGCACUCCUUCUGGCUACGUUGCCGCAGGCUAUGCGGCAGGAACCCUUCCGCCGCGGUGGGCCGCUGCCUUGCGCAGGCCCAGCCUCGGCGACCAACUUUGGGUCAUCCAGCUGGCCCGCAAGGCGGCGGCGAGGCUACACCUCGACGUCCCCACGUGGGAGACCUAA